AUGGCCCAUGUCGGAGUCGUCCAACGCCUGGGCGACGAUGCACUCCUCCAUAUCUUGGCCUUUCUUGCACAGAAGGACAUCCGUUCUCUGUCAUCAACGUGCACACUGAUGCGAGGACUUUGCCUUCCUCUGGUCUUCAAACAGUGCAGGCUCAACUGCAAGGACGUUUUGUCGGACCCGCCGAAGAUUGUGCCUCAGUCUGUCUGGCCCUACGUAAGUCCGUUGAAACUUCUUCACGGCGAUAGCGCGGCUGAGAUGGUCGACGAUGAGCUCCGUGUGGCUCGAGUUCUAGCCGACAGUCUCUCACAUAUGAAAAAGCUAGAAUCUGUUCGUAUCCAUGAGGGUACGCAGACUUCUGCUCAGCAGGACAGGCCACUCGGCGGAGUGCCUCUCUGUGUCAUCGCCACACUCCUCGCAAUACCGCAACUCCGUCACAUCAAGGUCACCGGCCUCCUAUACAACCCGACGGACUCACUCAUCCCAAGCAACACCUUCGGAAUCGCAUCUCUUGAAUCUCUCACCUACAUCUCUCCUCGUCCUCGUCCCAAAUUGCAGGACCCUCGGGCGGAAGAUGUGUUACUAGAAGCUAUGCUCGUUGCCCUUCAUCGAACCCUAGUCACUCUCGAACUUCCCACCUACAGUGCUCCUUUUGGGGUGAUACAACAGCUACAGUGGCCCUCUCUACAGCGCCUUACUCUGUGCGGGCCGCACGAUCCACGGGUCAGCUUGAUCGAUUCACUGUCCCACCUACACACUCUUCGACUGCUCCAUCUCUUCAUUGCAUAUUCCGAGAAUGCUCCCCCACAACCGCUACUUCCAUCAGAAAAAUUGGAAGAAUUCCCGUGGCCUCUCAUGGAGGAUUUCGUUCUCUCAUCGCCACUUCCAGAAGAUGGACUCUGGACACGACUCCCGUCGGAGCUCAGACGUCUGCACCUGCGCUACUGGCCGCACUACCGCACCAUCAGCCGCAGGUCUCGACGUCGCAAUGGUCAGGAGCCUUGGUUUUCACGUCUCCUCGAUCAGACGGAAGUGGCUUCUAUCAUACGACACGCUCCCCGGUUCGCUGCGCUGCGCGAACUGGAACUGGAGUACGGUAUCAACAACCAUGAAGAGGAGCUCUCUCUCCUCCGCGCGAUCUCUACCGCGUGUCCCGUGCUCCACUCACUCACCCUCAUGCGCUAC